ACGUGACAUAAACAUAGCAGCUUGUCUGACCUCACAGGAACAAGCAGUGCUGAGCUGUCAUAUUAACCCAAGAUCAUUACUCCUUUCAUGCACUCUUCACUCGUUUUUUUUAAGCUCCAUCAAAGACAUUGAUUGUGACAUAUGCUAAACAUGAUUUAAAUGCUUUACAUUUUCCUCCCUGCUCUGGGACACAGGGACAGUGAUGGGAGGCUGUGUGGGGAGGAGCAGGAUGGAUGGACAAGGGAGUGCCCAUGGCUCCACAAGGAGCAAAAAACGUGGAGAGGGGUUCAAACAGGAGAAGCUGGUGGCAUUUCUAAGAAACUGGGGAAGUGUAACAACAGCUAAAAGAGCCCCGAAUCUCAGCCGGCUCUUUGAGAUGAACUAGAUAGGGCGGAUCAACAUUAUUCAGCGGAGGCAGAGAGGACUCUCCACCUUCCUCGAGGUCAAGCUCUCUGACUCAUUUUUGUGGACUUUUUGAUGCACAGUAGCUUGAUAAAACUCAGACAAAAAAGCAGCAAUGGGGGUGCCCAACUCCAGAGAAUGCAACUAUUAUCACCCUCCAAAUGCACCCUUCAAGAUUUUAUUCAGAACACGCAAUGAGCCUCUCAAGAAAGAGCGUCCUAAAUGGAAGAGUGAGUACCCAAUGACGGAGGGCCAGCUGAGAAGCAAGAGAGAUGAGUUUUGGGAUACAGCUCCUGCCUUUGAUGGACGUAAGGAGAUCUGGGAUGCACUCAGAGCGGCAGCCCUAGCUCUGGAGUGCAAUGACCUGGAGCUGGCUCAGGCUAUAGUGGAUGGAGCCUGCAUCACUCUGCCCCACGGAUCUCUAACGGAGAGUUAUGAUGAACUGGGAAACCGCUACCAGCUCCCAGCAUACACUUUAGCGCCGCCUGUCAACCUCAUCACUGAAUCAUCUGGUGAGAGCAAACUGUCUGAGAGCGCACAAAAACAAGCUCACCCUCCACAGUGUAGAGAGGAGUUCCAGCUGCGGGUGCGAUUAUCAACAGGUAAGGAUGUCCGUCUGACAGCCAGCCUGGCGGACUCCAUUGAUGUCCUGAAGAAACAGUUGGAAAAACAGGAGGACAUCAAGGUGAUCCGUCAGCGGUGGUUCUUCUCCGGGAAGCUUCUGACGGACAAGACUUGUCUCCAAGAUGCCAAGAUCCAAAAGGACUAUGUCGUCCAAGUGAUUGUCAAUAUAAAUCCUUCUGUCCUGCCUAACUGAUGGGUGAUGAAAAGAUUAAGGACGUGCCAGAGAAGGCUGCAGGAACAGGAGCAGGUUUCCAGCAAAGGAAUUUUAUGUACAUUUUAUAUAAUAAAUUAUUGCUUUUAUAUUGCUCCUUUUUCUAUUUUUCCUUUUUUCCAAAUAAAGAUAUAUUAUUGAAAAGCACUAAAACACUUUAGGUGAUGAUAGAGCCCUAAGAUGCACAUCCCAGUGUUUGUCUGUCUGUUUGAAGAUCUCGACUCGCAGCUCUAUUGUUUACAUGGGUUCCUCCCCUCGUCUUGUUUGUUUGUACUUAUUAAUGUUGAUGAAUUAAACACAACUCAGCUAAGGAGAACUAAUAAGGAAAAUCUACUCUCUUUCUUUUUGUCAAGUAGAUGAGUAAUUACACCUGUACAUAUCAGAUUAAGUGUGGUUUGGUCAUUUAACUGUGUGAACAGAACAUUUUCUCUAGACACCAUAGAGCCACUGAGUAUAACCAAGGACCUUUUUAUGAGGUAGAAAGAGAUGGCCGGAUUUGUUUUUAGUUCAUUUCAAACAACUGUGCAAACAUGCAAUAGUUUUCUGUCUAAAAUUAUGCUGACUGUACUGUCAUUAGUUAAUAAAUGUUAUAAAUUUAAACUUAUCUCCUGCUUUUGAAAAUGUAUUAUAUCACUAUAAAAUGAUACAUUUAUCGAUGGUU